UGAAACAAUCCAGUUGUGUUCUGUUUUUGUUGAAGGAGGACGAAGAGAAAGUUCGGCUUUUGCUAUAGCUGUGGCCCUGUGGCUUCGGCCUUUACAAAUUAAUCAUCUUUGUCAUUUAAAGCCAGGAGGACCUCCCAUCAUUUUUGUGUCUCUGCUACCUCGGUCGUUACCUCGUCUCUCUGAUCAACCGGUAACGGUUGCUCGAGAUUUCAAGUACGUUUUAACGGUUUCGGAAAGCCAGAAGAUUUAAGAGACAGAAAAACAGCCUCGGAUUUUGGUUGUUGCUCUCUUUCCGGCCUUAUAAAUCUUCGUUUUUUUAUUGGAUAAGCAAUUAGUGCUUGACAUAUAAAUAAACAGAGAGAAAGAGAGAGACAGAGAAGGAAAAAAAAAAAAAAGAGAGAGAGAGAGAGAGACAGGGAGAGGUUUGUGACUAGGGGGGUUUACAUGGUGAAAAAGGAGGUGGAAAGGGAGGGAAUGCGACUGGGGAAGUACGAGCUGGGAAGGACUCUGGGAGAAGGCAAUUUCGGAAAGGUCAAAUUGGCCAAGAACAUCGAGACAGGCCAAUCGUUCGCUGUUAAGAUCUUGGAGAAGACUAAAAUCAUCAACCUCAAGAUCACCGAUCAGAUAAAGAGGGAGAUUGCCACCUUGAAGCUCCUCAAACAUCCUAACGUUGUCAGAUUACAUGAGGUGUUGGCAAGCAAAACCAAGAUUUAUAUGGUGUUAGAGUAUGUGACUGGCGGGGAAUUGUUCGACAGAAUUGCUUCAAAGGGGAGACUUAAAGAAAAUGUAGGCAGGAAGGUCUUUCAGCAGUUAAUUGACGGAGUGAGCUACUGCCACACUAAAGGCGUUUUUCACAGAGAUCUCAAGCUAGAGAACGUUCUCGUUGAUGCUAGAGGGAACAUAAAGAUAUCUGAUUUUGGCCUCAGCGCCUUGCCUCAGCAUUUUCGGGGUGAUGGUUUACUGCAUACAACCUGUGGAAGUCCCAACUAUGUUGCUCCUGAGAUUCUUGCAAACAGAGGGUAUGAUGGUGCCACCUCAGAUAUAUGGUCGUGUGGCGUUAUCUUGUACGUGAUUCUCACAGGACAGCUUCCUUUUGAUGAUAGAAAUCUCGCAGUUCUCUAUCAAAAGAUCUUCAAAGGGGAUACUCAGAUACCCACAUGGCUGUCACCGGGCGCUCAGAACAUGAUAAGGAGAAUUCUUGAUCCCAAUCCCCUUACCCGGAUAACUACGGCAGAUAUCAAAGCAGAUGAGUGGUUUAAGCAGGGCUAUUCUCCUGCAAAUCCAGAUGAUGAUGAAGAUAUACACAUUGACGAUGAAGCAUUCUCAAUUCAUGAAGUGCCGUCAGAAGGAGAUCAGAAGAGUCCUGGCUCGCCAACUCUCAUUAAUGCCUUUCAAUUGAUUGGAAUGUCGUCGUGCUUAGAUCUCUCUGGCUUCUUUGAGAAAGAGGAUGUCUCUGAGAGGAAGAUCCGAUUUACAUCCAAUCACACCGCGAAGGAUUUGCUCGAGAAGAUUGAGAAUAUCGUGACAGAAAUGGGAUUUAGCGUUCUUAAGAAAAAUGGAAGGUUGAAAGUGAUGCAAGAGCACAAGGGGCUGAAAAGUAUGGGUAGUCUUUCAGUUGCAGCAGAGGUGUUUGAGAUAAGUCCAUCCUUGUAUGUAGUUGAAUUAAGAAAAUCAUAUGGAGAUUCUUCAGUUUAUAGACAGCUGUGUAAAAAGCUAUCGAAUGAUUUAGGAGUUAGCCCAAACCGAGAGUUGUUGACUACCGAUUUGUGAAGGGUUGCUUGCUAGGUCAAACAACAUGGGAUGGUCAGCCUUUGCAGAGAAAUGAACUUAAAGCCCAAACAGUGUAAUUUGUAGAUUUUUAACUUUCUGUUACAUCUCAAAAGGCAAGUAAAUAUCGAGUGUAUACAUUGGAAGAAUCGAUCGACUCUGUUGCCUGCCUAAAACCCAUGGGGACGAUAUAAGAGCAACUCUUAUACCAACUA